CUCACACUCUAUAAUGAUGGCUGCAGAUCAUCGAUCAUCGACAUGCAUCAGCUGGUUGUCAACGUUAACUAUAGCAAUAAUACUCAGAGUCCGUGGCGUCAUGUUAUCGGGUAACGAACAUCAAAAAGUAGACCACGCUGAGAAUGGUUAGACAGUUACAGCAGCUUUGCAGCCCAGACACCUAUUAUGAGUCUUUUUUGCAGCACAACUCCGCACUGCGAUUUAUCUAGAAGGCGACUACCUGCGUUUAUUCGUGCUCGAAAAAACUUGCCUUGGUCGUAUCUCCUGUCUAAAUCUGACUCGAUUGGUCCAGUCACAUUAGUGUAUUCAUAAUGGGCAUACCUCUGGACAAAGCUUCAUUUUUAGCUUUGUUCCUCGAGACUUUGUUUUAUGGCGUGUUCUUUACUUUAUACUGGUUGACGCUAUUCGUCUUGUUCAAGAAAACUGGCAUUCAACAACAACUUCUUGUCCCUGUAGCGACCUUGCUGCUCUGUAUUGCAACAGCUCAUCUUAUGAUCGAUUUUGUUCGAGCGCUAGAAGCUUUCGUAUUCAAGGUAGAUACGAUUGGUGCAAAUGCCUACUAUUCAAACCUUGCUUCGCCAUUGGAUCUCGCAUCAAAGGCACUUUACAUUACGCAAACCACUCUUGCUGAUGGUGUAGUUGUUUGGCGAUGUCAUGUGCUUAACCAUAAAAGCCGCUUUGUUGCCAUUCCUGGUUGUAUCGUGCUAAUAGUCAAUGCGGCUACCGGGUACUAUGUUGUCUGGUCCCUCUCUCGGGCAUAUGCGCUGUCCAAUAUUUCCACCGCUACUUCAGGAUGUAUCACUACAUUCUAUACAUUGACCAUGUUUGUCAGCGUCAUCUGUACCGUUUCAAUUGCAUGGCGAAUUUAUCACACUCGCCGUUCUAUGCCAGGAGGCCUUGCCAAUCUUUUACCCGUUUUCAUCGUCGUCAUUGAGAGCGGCGCUUUAUAUGCCACGAGUGUGCUUGCACUCCUAAUAUCAUUCUUGGUCGGAUCCAAUGGCGAAUACAUCAUGCUGGGCAUUAUCCCUCCAAUUGUAGGAAUUACAUUCUGCCUCAUCAUUCUUCAAGUACACUUCCACAUCGGUGGCAGCUCCUCGACUGAACAGUCCUCUGAUGUAGGUGGCAUCUUCACCAACCUUUUUCGAGGACGAAGUACGCGGGACCAUCACUUCAGCAUGCAACGGGUGGCUGUGCACAUCACUGAGGAGGAGAUCGUUCAGUCUGAUAAUAUGAGCGGGAAGAAUAGCCAACCGGUAUCGGGGAGCGUCUUUCAACUGUAGAUUAUAUUUCCCCUCAACUAUAAUCGGAUACGUUAGCUUUGUUUAAACGGAAACUUGACAUGGG